AACGCCUUGUUUGUUGAGGGGACUGGAAUGACUGCUGUGGAGGAGGUCGGAUUGUUGUACGCGGUCCUCCCCCGCGCUCCGAGGGUCGGAUAUUUCCGUCCGUUUGCUGAGGGCGAGAACGACCGCAGCAUUUCUUUGAUGCGAUCCAUCUUUCGUCUGGAUGAUUCUCCUGAAGUCAUGCAAGGAAUCACGGUGGCAGAAGCCACCAAGCUGCUCUCACAUGGGCAAGAGAAAGAGCUCUUUGAUCAGAUCCUGAGCAAGUACGUCGAAUACAGGAAAGGGAAGGACUUUGUCUUGGUCAGUUGCGGUCGUUUGGAGAAUGACAGCCAUUUCUGGUCGCAGAAAAUGGCAGCAGCACUCAACCUGCCUGUCCUUCUCAUCUCAGAUGUGGGGCAUGAAUCGGACUUGGCCAUCAUCAAGGGAGGGCUCGAGUCCAGCAACGUGAAGAUUGCGGGAGUUCUGAUGAGCGGCCUGCCGCCGGGCAACGAGUAUGCGGAGACUGCCAACGAAUGCAAGGAGGCCAUCGAACAGCUGGGCUUGAGGUCGGUCGGAAUGCUUCCAAAGUCAGCCAUCAUCCACCAGGUGACCAUGGCGGAGGUGGUGGACGCCCUGGGAGCGAAGGUGUUCUUCGGUGAGGAGAGCCUCGAUCGCUCCAUCGUCAAGGACAUCACGGUGGCUACGUUGGACAUGAACCGCAUGCUCCAUCGCCUGCGAGUUCAUCCGGGAACGUUGGUGAUCGUCCAUUCCGGACGCGCUGACGUUCUCCUCUCCCUUGUCCUCGCUGCUCGCUCCAGCAACUAUCCUCGUCCUGCGGGCAUCCUCCUGACCGGAUCGAGGAAUCUUGAUCCCGACGUUGACGACAUUCUGUGCGGUCUCAACGGCAUCGCCAUGCCUGUCAUCGGCGUGGAGGAAGACACGUUUGCCUGCACCACCACCCUCCUGAAGCACCGGCCCGUGCUCCUCCCCAGCAGCACGACCAAGAUCGAAGCAGCUCAGGUUCUCUUCCAGAAGCACAUCGACCCCAAGUUUCUCAACCAGCUGGUGGCGACCAACGCAGAUGACUAUGUGGUCACCCCCAAGCUCUUCCAGCACAACAUCUUCUCUGCCGCUCGUACCGAUAAGCAGAGAAUCGUCCUGCCGGAGGGAGACGAUCCCCGAGUGCUGGCAGCAGCUGGAGAGCUGCUGGCAAGGAACCUCUGCGAGGUGACGAUCUUGGGCAAGGAAGACUUGAUCCAGAACAAGGCGAAGAGAAACCACGUGUCGCUCAAGGGCGCUAAGAUUGUCGACCCCGAGACCGAGACGACCGAAGAGAUGGUCGAUGCGCUUUACAACGCCAGGAAGUCCAAGGGAAUGACCAAGGAGCUGGCGAGGGACAUGCUGCAGGGAGAGCCCAACUGGUUCGGCACCAUGAUGAUGUACCUGGAUCAAGCCGACGGCAUGGUCAGCGGCGCAUGCCACAGCACGGCAGCGACCAUGAGGCCAGCGCUGCAGGUGAUCAAGAUGGCGCCGGGCUUUUCGCUCGUCAGCUCCGUCUUUUUCAUGCUCCUCCCCGGCAGGGUCCUCGUCUUCGGCGACUGCGCCAUCAACGUUGACCCCACGGCUGACGAGCUCGCAGAAAUCGCAGUCGCCAGCGCUCAUACCGCGCGAGCCUUUGGCAUCCUCCCGCGCGUUGCCAUGCUCUCCUACGCCACCGGCGACUCCAACCAGGGCCCGAUGAUCGACAAGGUCAGGGAGGCGACUAAGAAGGCUCGGCUGCUCGCCCCCAACGAGCUCAUCGAGGGCCCCAUUCAGUUCGAUGCUGCUGUUGACCCAGCGGUAGCAGCGGUGAAGUACAAGGGGCAAGACAGCCCGGUAGCUGGCAAGGCAACUGUCCUCGUCUUCCCCGACCUCAACGCAGGCAACAACGCGUACAAGGCUGUGCAACAAGCGUCUAAGUCCAUUGCCGUCGGACCCAUCAUGCAGGGUCUCCGCAAGCCCGUCAACGAUCUCAGCAGAGGAUGCACCAUCGACGACAUCGUCAACACCGUCGUUGUCACAUGCCUGCAGAGCAAGGCCAGCAAGGAACUGGCCAAGAAGUGAGAGCCCAGCAGGCUCCGAGCAGAACGAGCCGACGAGGUUGUUCAGCUGGGAAUUGACAGGGAAGCCUUCACAGCACGAGGGUUUGACAAGUUUGAGGGUUUUAGCUGGGGUGUGAAAGAAUAAACGAGUCAGCUGG